GUUAGAAGAUCCAAUCCUGGUACGCCCACCCAACCAAGACGACCCGAUUUCAUUGGUCUAAAUACACAACAACAACCGUCACAGACUUAUUACGAAUAUACGACUGGCUUGCCGCCGCAACAUCCACAACCGCCUACCAUUCAACAGCAGCAAAUCAUGUUGCAACAACAGCAACAACGUGCCAUGAUGCAACAGCAUCAGCAACAACAACAGCAAGUACCGCUAACACAUCACCAGCAACAGGUGCUGGCCUCACAGGCCUACGGUGGAAGCCCUCAACGCCGCUUUCUCUCCGAAGGUGAACUAGUACGACAGGGCGGCAAUGAACUUUCAUAUGCGCGCUCUAACAACACGGUAGAUAAUAUACGCGAAUUAGCGGGUAGUCCACAACGUGGCGUCUACAUGUGGAAGGACACUUCGCCUGGCUUCAGUAGUAGCAGUGGUAGCGCCAGCGGCGGCGGUGGCGGUGGUGGCAUGCCGCCCUCUUCCAUGGGCAUUGGCAGCAUUGGCGGCUCAAUAGCCAAUAGCAUACAUCACGCACAGUACAUCACAGUAGGCGGCAGCGGUCAGCCACAUCCAUUAAUAAUGACGCAUUCGCGUAUACACCAACCGGGCGAAUAUCUGCCGGUAGCUCAGCAACAGCAACAACAACAACAACAACAAAAUCAAUAUCGUUCCAAUCCGACCAGUCCUACGACGAUGCCACCUACCUCGUCGACAUCCGCACCAACCUAUAUGAUGCGUUAUGGUAUUGGUAAUCCCACUGCCUCACAGUCAAAUAAUUAUGUGCACACAUCACAAGCGAUGACAAAUUCUAACGCCGGCGGCUAUCAGCCACAAUUACGCGGCGGCGUUCCCGUUUUUCCACCAAAUCCUAGUGGGCCCAGCGGUGGCGGCGUCAGUGGUGCUGGCGUUGUCACCCAACUACAAACACAGCCAUCGCCUCAAGUGAAGCGAAAACAGACGCCAACACGUCCCAUGUCAUUUGUGCGCGCACUCGAAAUGACCGACUCUAUGGAGAUGCAAUCGCUGGAACAGCAGCAACAGCAAGGGCGCAGUGGCAAUAUGCCACCAUCAGCAGUAGGUGGACCAGGCGCACAACAUUUGGUGGGUGGUGCACGUACGACCACACCCACACCCGAACGUGCCAGCGUUUACGAUAUGAAUUACGAAAUCUCCGUAUAACCCGUGGUUGUGCCGGUUGUCGUGCCACCCGCCUCUGUGACCAUUUCGGCAACGGCAGCGGCGUAUGCGCGAAAAAAGGGCGCAAGCGUUGUUGCCAGCACGGCCGAGCCAUCGGCGUAUGCGUCGGUGCCUGUAAUGGCGGCAAAUGCGCCCAAUAGGCGCAAGUUCUCCACCUUCUUCUAGAGAAAUACAUUUAUAUAUGUAUGUGUGGUGAAGCCGUCUCACUUUUGAUGGCUAAUCUCAUCGUUAAGUCAGCUUAUCUUUAGAAAUUAUGAAAGAGAAAAUUGUUGUGCUUUGUUUUUUACAACUUUUUACUACUACACUAAACCACUUCCUUUAAUAGCAAGUCAUCGCUUAUGUAUCAUAUACCACACUCUACGCUACCAAAUACCACUAUCCGUAUCGCCAAAUGUAAAUAAGUAUACAACCUAAGAUACACCUCCUACGAAUACUGCAUAUACAUAAAUAUAAACAUACAUACAUAAUUAAUGAUAAUAGUUGUAUAAAAAAAAAUAUAUCUUUAAGUGUGAUUAAUUAUGCCACAUCUAUUGGUUAUCAAUUGCAAAAUCGUAUAUAUUGUAUAUUUUCAUCCGAAGAUUAGCCUGUAAAAGUUUUAAAUGCAUAUGUAUGUAUGAAUUGUAAAUCAACUUUUAUACAUAAAUAUCGAGUCAACGAGCUCAUAAAACCAUAAAAGUAUAUACUAUAUGAAAGUGUCUAUAUAAUAUUAGUUAUGGUACAAUCAGGGCUAUCACUGAAUCUAUCGUAGUCCGAAUUUUAUGAAAAUCUUCGAAAACGCAGUCACUAAAUUCGAAUGGCUACGAUAGUAGCAUAUUCUUUGAAUGCAUACGUUCAUAGCAAUUGGGAUUCAGUGAUUGGGCUACGAUGGAUUCAGUGAUAUCCCCGAAUAUGUUUGUCUAAACAAACAGAUGACUAAACUAAGCAAAUUUAUGUGUAUGCUUGAAUGAGAGUAGCAGUAAACAAAAAAAAAA